AUGUCAACAGUUAUUUCUCAACAAGAAAAUAAUGUCCAUCAAUCAGGAUAUAUUACUGCUAUUACAACAACAACAACGACAACACCAGCAGCAACAGCAGCAGCAGUCAAUGAUGCACAUGAAAAAUUAGUAUUAUGUGCGAUUAAACUAAUUUGCACUCAAAGAAAAAAGAAAAGUAAACGUCAUACGCACUUAACAUUUGUCGAUAGUUGUUCAAUAUCGACAUCAAGUGAGCAACCAUGUAUAGAAAUUGUGAAUGGAAAAAAUUCUUCAUCAAUAUUGUUAAAUGAAUGUAUAUCAUUUGAAUAUUUUGAUACUGUUAAAAAUGAUUUUCAAUCAUUUAUUUUUAUUUAUUAUGAAUCUUAUACCGUAUCAAUCUAUUUUUCUGAUGAACAUAUAAAUAAAAAACCAAUUAUUAUUAAACAUCUUGAAUAUAUGUGUCAAAAACGAACAGAUAUUAAUGAACAAUUAUCAUCACAUGAAUUGUCAUAUCAAACAACAACUGAACAUAUUCUACAUACAUUUGAUAUUAAAUUACUUCCAUCAGGAACAAUUUUAUCUCGUGAUCAUGUAUUAAUUGGUUCAGCACGAAUUUAUUUUACUACAACAGAUCUUUAUGUAACUUCAAUAGAUUGUAAUCGAAUAGAUUUAAAAACAACUAUUACAAAUCAAUGUCCAUCAAAAGAUCAUAUGAUUUUAUGUAUUCCGUAUUUUACAAUAAAACAUUAUGGAAAUCGUUCAAAUAUAUUUCUUAUUGAAUUAGGUAAAUCAAAUUAUGGUAAUGGUGAAAUACAUAUGAAAUGUUAUUCACCAUCAUUAGCUAGUACAAUACAUUUAUUAGCUAGUCCAGUUAUUGAAGAACGACCAUUAAUACUUUCAUCAGCAUUUCAAAAUAAAUUAUUAACAAGUAAACGGAUGGAAAAAUCGAAAAAUAUUCAUCCGCCUAUACAACUUACUCAUGAUAUAACAAAUCAAGCAAUUCUUGAUCCAUCGUUAUCAUUUCUUAAAAAAGAUUCUAUUGGAUCUAUAUCAACGAAAUCAAACGAAGUUAAAUCACGUUCCGUAGCUGGGUUUUUUCGUAAAAUACUGAAAAAUAGUACUUCAUUACGACGAUCAAGUACAUUUGAUAGUAAUCAAGAUAAUUUAAAUGAACAAUCGAAAAUUUUAUCUACUUCGUUAUCAAGUAAAUUAUUUGAAUUAAAUAUUGAAGAAAAUCGCAUUAUUUUACCAAAAUCUCAAACGACACCUCCUGAGACAUUUGAAUUACUUACUACUAAAAGAAAUCUUACUUCUCUUAUAUCAUCAUCAUCAUCAGUAAAUAGACAAGAAACAACUAUUGGAUCAUAUAUUGAUAUGGGUCCUGUUAAUGAAAAAACAGAUCACACGCAACAAUUAGAAAUGAUAGCUGAAGAACCAAAAGCAACGAGAGAUAUGGGCGUUAAUACUACAAUAAGUAUACCAUCAUAUAUUCGUUCAGCUAUUAUUGUUGGUGGUGCAGUACAUUUAAUUGCUGAAGAAAAAUCUAUUUAUCCUAUUGGUCAACGUUCGUUUACAUCUCCUGCUAGUGUUAUGCAACCAUUUAAAGCACAAUUAACUGGACAAACAACACUUAACACUUAUCCAAUAUCUACUGAUAUGAUAGCGUGUGCUUCAACUAGUUCUUUUCAUCAUCCAACAUCUACAUCAAGUUCUCAACAAUCAUUAUGUCUUUCUUAUGGUAUAGUAACUUUCAAUAAUCCACUAUUAACAAUGAAUAACACAGAACUUGAAUCAAGUUUAUUAUGUGAUGAUUCAACUAUUGAACGUCGUUUAAAUUCUGAUCUUAGUCUUAUGUCAACAUCUCAUCAACAACAACCAUCAAAUAGUUAUUCAUUUAGUAAUAUACUAUCAUCAUCAUCAAGUUCACAUAUAUUUCGUACAUUAUCUCUUUCAACAAAUAAUACUGGUGAUAAUACAUCACAUGGUAAUAUAUUGGUUUUGGAUGAAAAUGUUAUUGAUCAAACAACAAAUUAUUUACUUGGACCAGCACCAACACCAUCAUUAGUAUUAAAUGAUGAUACGAUAAAUCAAACUAAUAUACCAACAUCUCUAUCACGUUCAUAUUUAUCACAUAUUGUUGAAGAAAAAUCUUCAUCAAAUGAUCCAUAUGCAUUAAUCGAACCAUUAACUUUAUCUAAUUCUGCUAUAUCUAGUCUAUCUACAAUUCAUAAUGAGCCAUCAUUAUCAUCAGACAAAUCACUUGAUUAUAUUGAUUUACUUUUACCGAAAAAUAUCGAUGAUGAACAACGACAAGAUUUUAUUACGUCUGAUGAUAAUCAUAUUGAACAAUCAUCAUCAACAAGACUUUAUACCGAUAUUGAUUUUCAUCAAACACAACGACGUGAUCGUAUUGUACAAUUUGCAGAAAUAUCCAAAAUAGAUGAUCAAACACCACCAUUUAUUUUAUGA